UGUUUAUUAUAAAGAAAUUGAUAUUUAAUUGAAUAUUUAUAUUGGUAAAGCUAUGUCGUACAUAUGGAGAAGAUUUGUAUUUGUWGUGGCUAUUAYCUUCCUAAGCGCAACCUUUCGUGUUGCAUUUAGUUCGKCAGGAAGUCCAAUYGUUAUCAUGAUUUCUUACGAUGGAUUCCGCUACGAUUAUCUAGACAAGUACAAAGACGCUGUUCCUACACURAGAAAGMUUGCAAGUGAAGGUGUGCGAGCUGAUUUUGUGCAAAAUGUCUUUCCAACUGAAACGUUUCCAAAUCAUUACUCUUUGGUAACAGGAUUGUAUCCAGAACAUCAUGGUAUCGUUGGGAAUAACAUGUAUGACCCUGUGUUUAAUGAUACAUUUUCAAUGAAAACGAAUGACUCAAGGUGGUGGCAGUGGGGUGAACCAAUCUGGGUGACAAGCGAGAAACAAAAUAUGAARUCAGGUGUGGGUUUUUGGCCAGGCUAUGAUGCGGUCAUCAAAGGACGUCAACCUACCUAUCGACCCAACUCUACUUAUGGAAGACCCUUUGUUGAUGCAGAAAACAUAAUGCCAUSGAAAGAUCGUAUUGAUAUGGCUAUCAARUGGCUGAAUGGCUCAGAUCCACCKUCAAUGGUUCUUUUAUACUUUAACGAACCAGAUGAAGAAGGACACAAGUUUGGAGUAGACUCCAUUCAAGUAAGAAAUGUUUUGAAGAAAUUGGAUAACAACACAGUUUAUCUGAUUGAACAGUUAAAGCAGUUGGAUUCCUUUGAAAGAAUAAAUAUCAUAUUCACUGCCGACCAUGGAAUGAUWAACUUCAACACUAGUAUGUUCAUAGGUAUAGACCAGUAUAUCAACCCUGAAUCCUACAUUUCAUGGGGCAAAAGCGCUCUCMACUUGCAAAUCACUAACUCAAGUAAAUCUACACUUGAAAAGCUGUACCACACAUGCAAGAUAGCAGAAAACAUCACAGGAGCCUUCAACGUAUACAAGAAAGRUGAAAUUCCAGAGUAUCUUCACUUCCGUCACAAUAGACGUAUAGCRGAUAUAUUAGUUGUGAUGAAGCCACACUUYCUCAUAAAUAGUUCAACRCACUAUAUGACAAACUAUCUUAAAAAUCAUAAUUAUGGAGUCCAUUCAUAUAGUCCAUUAGUUCCUGAAAUGCACCAAUAUUUUAUUGCAUAUGGUCCAGCAUUUAAAAAAGGCUAUAGGUCAGGCCCAAUUUAUGAAGUUGACAUAUAUACCUUGAUGUGUCAUAUAUUGGGUAUUACUCCUGCMAAGAACGAUGGUGAUUUGAAUAGAAUAAGCCACAUUCUAAAGUCGUCAAAUUGGAUAGUUGAUACUAUCAAGUCUCAUAAGAACAUGGUAAUAGCUAUUGCUUGUACUACAGUAGGGUUAUUCUCUGUGGCUAUUCUCUACCUCAUAUCAAGAAGAUGCUGUAAAGACAAUGAUAACCUAGGAAAAAUUUAUUUUACUAACAGGAGGAAAGAGAAUUUUGAAAGGCCGUUGAUGGAGAGUGACGAUGAAGAUGAAAUAGUCAUAAUGUAAAGAAGUGAUAGUGACUUUUAAUUCUCAUAGUCAAUAGUCACUGGAAUACCAYCUUUUCCUUGUGAAGUCACACAUGAAACGAGGAAGUGUUAUUCUGGWCACCUAGACCAAUUUGCAUAAAACCAGASCAUUCUGAAACUUGUGGAUAUGGCCUUGAAUCCACAUUAAAAYCUUGGGCUUUGGGAUUUGUUGUUUUGGAAGUAACAGAAUGGUAWAAUAUUUAUUUAAAUUAGCAGCUGGGUUGAUAAUUCCAUGGGGUGCUUACUAUAAUUUAAAUCACUUUGGUGAAAAUUAAUUUAAAAUGCUGUCACAUAUACUGAAAAAAUAAGAAUAUAAGUACUUAUUUACAAAAAUAAAUAGUAUAUACAUGUA